UCGUGUUGUCUGAAGGACGUCGGUCGCUUCCUCUUUCGUUGUUUACACCGACGAUUCGAUUCAUUAUUAUUAUUAUUUAUUUUAACCGUCCGGUUGAGUACUAACUAAAAAAAUAAAUUCUGUUUGGUUCCAGGGAGUGAUUCGAUCAGUGCGAGCUUUAGUGUUUUUUUUCAGUGUCUUAUUGUAGUGCGUACUAGUGUUUUAUUUUUUCGGAGUGGUGUAUUUUGGUUGGUGAUAAUCCGGUGUGUUUAUUUAUUCCCCUUUGUGGUGGAUGGAUUAAGGAAUAUAGAGGAGAACAAAAAGAAAAAAGGCACGAAGUGUGGAUGUUGGGACGCGUUGGUAGUACCAUGAGUUGCUGACGUACGAUGUACCCUAGUGCAGGAAUGAAUGCGGCAGCGGCAGCAGCGGUGGCAGCCGCAAGACAUCCGGGUCCGCCACAACCUGGACAGCCGUUCAAGUUUACCGUUGGGGAGUCUUGCGAUAGGAUUAAGGAAGAAUUCAAUUUUUUACAAGCGCAAUAUCACAGUCUAAAAUUGGAAUGCGAAAAGCUGGCCAGCGAAAAAAUAGAGAUCCAAAGGCAUUACGUAAUGUACUACGAAAUGUCUUAUGGGCUCAACGUUGAAAUGCAUAAACAGACUGAAAUAGGCAAAAGACUGAACGCCAUCAUAGCGCAAAUCCUACCAUUCCUAUCGCAAGAACACCAGCAACAAGUGGCCACUGCAGUGGAGAGGGCGAAACAAAUUACAAUGACAGAAUUAAACGCCAUCAUUGGGCAACAGAGGCCCGAUCUGCCCAGACUGCUCCAGCAGAUGCACGCGCAGCAACUGCCCGCGCACGCGCCUCCCAUCCCCAUGAUGCCGCACCCCAGCCUGGCGGGUGCGCCGCCCAACACCGCCGCCAGUCUUUUGGGAUUGAGCGGAGCGUUACCCGCGCAGCAUCCUCUCAGCAUGCUGGCCUCCAAGCCGGAGCUGCACAGGCCGGACGAUGUCAAGUCGAAUAGCGGCAUCAAUUCCGCAGAAGAACGACACAGGAACUCGAUAUCUCCUGUGGAACGUGAAAAGUACCGACCCAGGACGCCUCAAGAACCAUCCGAAUUGAAGAAACCGAAAAAAGAGGAGAAAGACAUGGGUCACGUAAGUAUUAAACACAGCGACGGUGAAAAAAGCGACCAAGACCUGGUGGUGGACGAUGCCUCCGAAGACCCUAUUUCACCCCCAAAUGGCACCGCAUCACCUAGAGAAAACGGCAUAGAUAAAGUACCAAAGAAGGAACAUCCAGGACCACACAGUCCAAGGUCAGGUACGUCAAGUAAUGCUUCAACGCCGUCAACAAAGAAAAUUGAGGAAAAACCUACUACUCCAAUCUCAAAACCUGUUACCCCUACUUCAGCUGCUGGUACAUCUGGAAGUAGUGGCAUGAAACCCUUGAAACCUCCUGCGUUGGGGCAGUAUCCACCUUAUUUAGGAAUCCCUAAUGGCACGCCAGCUCACGAACUUCAAGCCGCAGCAGCAGCUAACGCAGGCUACGCAGGUCUGCACAAUAACCUUCCCCCUGCGCUCAACAACUACCCCAGGCCUCCCCUCCAGGUCGGUUACGACCCCCAUUCACAGAUGCGGGCUCCGGUCGUACCCGGGUUGGGUGGUAUACCCGGAGGAAAACCAGCCUACUCGUUUCAUGUGAGCGCCGAAGGCCAAAUGCAACCGGUACCCUUUCCCCAGGACGCUCUGGUUGGUCCGGGGAUACCCAGGCACGCUCGUCAGAUCAAUACCUUGAGCCACGGAGAAGUCGUCUGCGCAGUUACGAUAUCCAACCCCACCAAGUACGUGUACACUGGUGGCAAGGGCUGCGUCAAGGUGUGGGAUAUCAGUCAGCCCGGGUCCAAAAGUCCUGUCUCUCAACUUGACUGUCUGCAACGAGAUAACUACAUCAGAUCAGUAAAAUUACUGCCAGAUGGUAGGACGUUGAUAGUAGGUGGCGAAGCCAGCAACCUAUCCAUUUGGGACUUGGCCAGUCCAACGCCUAGGAUAAAAGCUGAGCUGACAUCUAGCGCACCUGCUUGUUAUGCUUUGGCAAUAAGCCCAGACUCCAAAGUGUGCUUUAGUUGUUGUUCCGAUGGUAAUAUCGCUGUAUGGGAUUUACAUAACCAGACAUUGGUCAGACAGUUCCAAGGCCACACUGAUGGAGCUUCUUGUAUCGAUAUAUCUGCAGAUGGUACCAAGUUAUGGACAGGAGGUUUGGACAACACUGUGCGCAGCUGGGACCUGCGCGAGGGCCGACAACUGCAGCAGCACGACUUCAGCUCCCAAAUCUUCUCGCUCGGGUACUGCCCGACGGGCGAAUGGCUGGCCGUCGGCAUGGAGAACUCCAACGUGGAGGUACUGCACGCCAACAAACCCGACAAGUACCAGUUGCACCUGCACGAGAGCUGCGUGCUCAGCUUGAGGUUCGCCGCCUGCGGGAAGUGGUUCGUAUCCACUGGAAAGGACAAUUUGCUCAAUGCUUGGAGGACGCCCUAUGGGGCUAGUAUAUUCCAGUCAAAGGAAUCGUCUAGCGUUCUGAGUUGUGAUAUUUCAGCGGAUGACAAAUACAUAGUGACCGGAUCAGGUGACAAAAAGGCGACAGUGUACGAGGUGAUUUACUAAACUCAAACCCAGGAAAAAAUCACCGAAUGGAAGAAACUCACUUUUUGAAGUACGGCAACUAACACACGUUUCUCUGGCUUGAGGAAAUAUCAAGACAUAGUGUAGUUGAACACGGACAAUUUGUUAAAAUAAAGAAAAUAUGAAAGGAAAACACAUUUUCUUGUAGGAAGAGAAAAAAUUGUGAUAACUAAGUGUAAUAAAGUAAUAAGUAAGGGUGUAAUAGUACGUAACAUGAAACGUUUUAGUGAUCUGAUAAAAGAAUAUGUUAGAUAAAAGUGUGAUUGAUCUCUCAUGACAUUUAUUCGUUGAUCGACGUAAAAUUUAAUUUUGUAAAUAUUUUAAACUGAUUUAAUUUUAAUUUUUUUAACAGCCUAUUCCUACUUUUCUACGGGGUGUUUCAAAAAACAUUU